CAUUCAUUAAGCUACUUGCGGCGCUCGCGCUGCCAUUUCUCCUCAUCGGUGUCGACGCGUUCUGGCGUAUGAACUGCGCCGUCAUCCAAACCGGCCGAAUAGAUCCGGUUGUCGAUUUCAACUUGGUCUCUGGUCAUGUUCACACCAUCACUGGUGGCUCCAACAUUGGCAUCAACUCCACGUUCGAGUCCAUGGUCAAUUCCGAGUGCACCUCUUGCGAGAUUGAGGGCGACAAAUCCGCCUACUGGACCCCUCUCCUGUACUACGACUACGGAAACGGCUCCUUCAUUGACGUGCCGCACGGCGGUAGCGUCGUAUACUAUCUCGCUCGUGGACCCGGCGCAAACAACACCAUUCCAUACCCCGAAGGAUUUCGGAUGCUGUCCGGCGACAAGGGCGCUCGCAGCUACGACAACGAGACAUACACCGUUGGCAAUGAGACCUAUCCUGCAACGCCCAUCGCCGAACGAGUCAGCUUCGUGUGUCUUCCUGAUGGCCCACCACUUCCAACCUAUCCAUACAUGUUCGACACGAACUGUACCAACGGAAUGCGCGCACAAAUCUGCUUCCAGUCAUGCUGGAACGGUGUCGACCUAUACCUGCCCGACAACAGUCACGUGGCGUACUUGAGCGGGAUCGACGAUGGCAUUUGUCCGCCUGGCUACCCCUUUCAACUACCCACUUUGUUCCUCGAGGUAAACUAUGCCGUAGAGCAAGUGCCCGACCAGACGCCAAAUGGACAAUUCGUGUUCUCCCAAGGCGACCCAACGGGCUACGGCUUCCACGGCGAUUUCCUCAACGGAUGGGACCCGGCUCUGCAAGCGGCAGCGAUUGACCAAUGCUUGGUGGGAGACGAGUUUGGUGUGAUACAGAACUGCCCAGUGCUCAAUGCCAACGACACAAACGGAUACGCGGUGAAUUGCCCCGAGCGCCCACCACAGAUUGGAGAGCCGGUCAAAGGCUUGCUGGAUCAGUUGCCCGGCUGUAUCACCAUCACCUACGGUCCGGAUGAAGCACCAGCUUCUUCCAUGAGCUGUCCCGAAAGUGUACCACUUCCGAGCGUGACGUCGACAAUGAAUUCCAUCCCGAGGGCUACAGCGUCACCGAGUGCUUACGGACAACAGUUUGGCCUGCCUCAGCAAGAAUACCUGGGCUGUUUCAACGACAGUGCUGCCGGUAUUCGCACGCUCAAUGAGAUAUCCGUCACCAACUACACCUACAUGGACGUGCAGUGGUGUCAGAAUUUCUGCAUGCAGAAUGGAUAUACUUACAGCGGAGUGGAGUACACGCAAGAGUGCCACUGCGACAAUGCAAUCAACCCGACGGCGAAGAACGGCUCGAUUGAAUGCACCUGGCAUUGCGGUGCGACCAUCACGGGUGAUAGUUUGACGGAGUUCACGAUGCCGGUCCAGCUGUGCGGUGGCCUGGGAUACAUCAACGUCUACCGCAACACCAAUCCCAAUUUCGAUGCAUUUGGCAGCAACGCCAACACUGCUGGCAACGCAAAGCCAUAUACACCGGCCGCAGGAUUCGGACCGAACUAUCUGGGCUGCUAUUCCGAUCAGGUGGGAAACCGCACACUGACAGGACACACCGUGACGCAAAACAACAUGACUCUGGAGAUUUGCGCGGCAAUCUGCUCGGCUGGACCGGGCUAUCAAUACUAUGGGCUUGAAUUCGCCUCACAAUGCUACUGCGGCAACCAAAUCAACAGCCCCGGCAUGCUCCUGACCUCCACCACUACACCGAGCAACAACAGCUGCCAAAGUCGCUGCAUGGGCUCCGAGCCGGAAGUGUGCGGUGGCAGCAACGCGUUGAGUCUAUACGUCAAUCCCAACUACACCGCGCCGAUCGAGAAGCCUUUCAUUGGGCGGUACACGGCGCAGAAGUGCGUUACCGAUCCCAAUACGAAUGGGAGGGCAUUGCAGGGCGCUUUCACCACUAGUGUCAACAUGACCAACGAAUAUUGCGUGAAGUAUUGUUUGGGCUUGGAAUUUCACUAUGCUGGGUUGGAAUACGGUGACCAGUGUUUUUGCGGUAAGUCAUUCACCUCAAAACGCGGGGAGACCAAGGAGUUUCAUGCUCACGAACAUGCUGCAGGCGACGCGAUCUCUUCUAGCGACGGGGUUGGAUUCACCGUGUGCUCGCCGGGCGAUCUCCUGACGUGCUCGGGAAAUCUCCAUGAGUUCUGUGGUGGCCCAAGCUUACUAGAUGUCUUCUACUCUCCUACCUUGUAAUGAUGUGAUUGUCGGCAGUCGGGAUGAGUUGCGGCUGGGCAGUGUCUGUCGUUCGUUGUUGCGAUGUUGCUCUAGUUGCGGAAGAUCAGGCUCGGGAUUUGUUUGAAAGCAUCAGCCGUAGUUCGAAGACUACUUCUACGAACGCAACUCCUUCGCAUGGCCUUAGUUUGUCUUACUCUUAUUACGAGCCUUACGUGUUCUUUCCGCUUAAGGCAUGAAACCGGCAGCCUAGCCUGAAGCACAGCCAUGCGGUCUGAAACCACGCCCUUCUCCACACAGCGACUUCAGCUUUGCUCUCAAAC